AUGACUACUCAAAAACGAGGCGAUCGAUCUUCAAUUGACAAGAAUGACAAGAAACUACUUCUCUUGUCACCAGACUUAGGUAGAAGUUACGAAGGCGGCAGAAUUAUUACUGAAGAACUCGCUAUUGAACUCCGUAUUACUAUAUUCGGCACUGCCGCAUGCCCGCCUCGUGGUGAAUGGAUCAGGUCACCAUUAUUGAUGAGACCUCCUGACCAGACGUUUGCUUACGGUCUAAUGGGACCACGCAACAGUACGAGGUCUUUGUUAACUGGUCUACAAGCGUAUAUUAUCAAAUGGAUUUUAUUCGAUUCCCGUCCACCGUCUAUGGACAAGAAGUCGGCGGAACCACCUGAAAGUUAUCUACGUAUUAGUGAGGCACUUCAGGAGGAGGCUUUGUGGCGAAUCUGCAGUGACGUCAUCUGGCGAUGCGGUUCGCAAAGCGGAUCAGAAAGCAAGGCUGUGGUCGCACUGCCUACAGACACAACGUAUGUGUACAAUAGCCUCAAGUACUAUCAGGACGGUGUCACCGAAAAGCUGCAAUUAUUUGAAUUGGAAAGUCUAGAAGAGUUACAGAUAUUCAUCAAACGCAACCUGUAUUUAUUUCAAGGAGACGGUGGCGCUGGGGCGUUGUUGUUGUUAUAUGCUAUGGUGUUAACUAGGGGUUGUGCGAAUAUUAAAAAAGACUUGGACGGUAAACUAAAUUAUUUAGUAUCUGCACAACCAGAAGGAUCUUUGAAUGUGUCUAUGCUGGUGAUAACAGGACGGGCAACGCCGUACUUGCACAAUGGAGUUGUUUACGUAGGAGACGAGGAUAAUUAUGCGCUACCACAAUUCGGCGUACUCGCCCGCAGUUCUGUGGGCUUUUUGCUUUGGCACGAAGGAUUAGACAACCGUUUAUCCGCGUUGACUAAACAACAUCCCGGAUCGAGACUUAAAACUCCAGCGUUUCCCAUAUGGAUAACAUGUUCGUCGGGACAUUUUGGUGUUUUAUUCAACACAAAUAGGGAAUUAUUGAAAAAUUAUCAAGCGGAAAAAAGGUUUGAUAUUCACUUCUACACUUGCGGCGGUUGCUACGUACCUCUCAGCAUUGACACCAGAGUGCAGAGCCAAGCGACUGCACGUAAAGACGACCUGCAUACAACACCACUUGAGAAACUCAUUCACACCAAAUGGCAAGAUGCGACAAUUACAUGGGCAGCUACAAACAAUAAAAUUGGUGAUUCGUCGAAAUGA